CCGCUUACACCGUCUUGGCUGCAGACUCGAACUCAAAGAAUCACAGGAUUUUUCAUGUGCUUGUUAAUGGGAAUUUUCUGUUUUGUCAUGGUAAGAUAAAGUAAUUUUUUAAUGAUCACUUGAUUUGAAUAGUGUCAUUUCUGUUGUUCAAAUAUACUUUAUGUGAAACUUGGUCAUAACUGAUACAUCCUCAAAAACAAAAACAAUUCAUCCUUACAACAGGUUGAAAAUUCAGGUUGCUAACACAGCUGUUUUCCAUUAUUCACAUUUAAUGCCUGAAAAAUUUGGGUGUACUUGCUCUCUUUCUUUUUAAAUACUACAAGUAGUUGUUCUCAUUAUAUUCCGAACAUUGUCAUGUGAUUCCCUUACAUAUGCACAUAAAUUAUCAUGCACAUGUACAGUAUUUGCCGUAAAGGUUUAAUUCAAAUCUGGAGACAUGCACUUAACAUACAGAGUUGUUACAUAUACAGUCUGGAAUAUCCCUAAAUUUAAGGACAGGGCCAACUGGUCACGCGACACUUUUCAACCAAAGAGAAGGCGCACUUUUGUUUAUCGAAACAAAUCAAAACACAAAUCAUAACAUCGCCCCAGUGAUCAUAGUAUAUAUACAGUGAUCGGUAUAAUUUGAGUAUCUGUAAGUGGAAGUUGGGCCAUUGUCUUCUCACUUUCUUAAACUGCCUUUUCUAGGCUGGCUUUAUAGCACCUUUCAUGCUGUUAAAGGCCCGGAAGUUUGUGCUUCUUUACACAAUGGGAAGUUUGUUUACAAUAGGAAGGUAAAGUGAAUGUGUAAAUACAGUAAUUUAAUUAUUAAUAACUCAACACGCUUAUACUCGUAAAAUGUGGAUGAUAUAAAAAAGGUACUGGUUACUUCUAUGACUAUUCAACUAACAAUAAAUAAAUAAAUAACAGAUACAUAAAGCCCUUUUAGUGAAAAUAGUCCGUUCUUAAGAGUACAAAGUAACAUUUUGUAUUGAAAACUCCAGUGGGGUCCGUUGGGGAGAUAACCCCCCCCCCCCCUCCUCACAGUGUAUGUGAGGGCAUGGACAGUUUCAGGAAUAUCAGGAAAUUUUAAAUAAUCUUGCCCCAAUGCAAUAAACAAUUAACUAACAGUGUUUUCUUAUUGUUGAGUGCUCAAUAUUAUAAUAUUAUUAUUGACAAGUGUGUUAUUUUUUAAUUCAUUAUUGCGUUCAGGAUUUGUACUGGUCAUGGAAAACCUGGAAAGGCAGGGAAUUUAAGAGUUUCAUUUUCCAGGCCUGGAAAGUCAUGGAAUUUAAUUGUCGGUCCUUGAAAGUCAUGGAAAAUUAAAGUUUUGUUUGGUAGUUUAGUUGCUGCAGAUGACAAAGCAAGGACAAUGUAAGAUAGAGAGGAUUAAUUUUAUUAUACAGCGCAAACAGCACACAUUGUGGUGGACACCAGAGUUUGUGUCUGUUGAACUGCUUAAGUAAAAAAAUACCCCCAAACUAGGAAAAUUGUGAAAGUUUUUGAAAGUGACAACUAAACCUAAGGUCAUGGAAAACUUGAAAAAGUCAGGGAAAGUCAUGGAAUUUGGAGAGCUCAAAAGAGUACGAACCCUGUUUUUAUAUCAAUUAUACCAUGAAUUUCUGUCUGUUCUCUUCCAGUUUUUCAUUUCUUUGGGGACCAGUUAAUCAUGCAAAACAUUUAUGUUCAUUUGGAAGGCUUCCUUUUACAGCUGCAUACUUUGGUUCAAUGUUUGCUACACUCUACAUGGCCAUGAUUGUAAGUGUAUUUAAAUUUCCAAGAAUACUGUUGCUGGCUGCUUAUUAACAAUAAAUCUAACUUGUCAUUGACCACAUUUCUUAGUAUGUUAGCACUUGGAAGAAGGCUGUUGCUCCCCCCCUCCCGCCAAAUUCCCGUCAUUUCCCUACUAUCUUCCACUGUUUAAUCAGUUUUAUGGGGCUUGUCCUCUUUGUUGGAUAAUGGCUUAUGUCUGGCUUGUCAGGAAUUGCCACUCAACGGUCUCUAUCAGAUUGCCUAGUCAAAAUAUUUUACAAUAGUAGGCAGGAUAACCAAAGGAGCAGGUGGCAAAGGCCUGGAUUUAAGGCACCCGUCCUUCAUUUGAGUACCCUAACCAAACCAAGGCCGGAAAGGCUGAAAAAAAAUUUUUUUUUGAGAUUCCCCCCCCCCAUCUCAGGGUCUGGAUGACCAGACUCCCCUCUCCCCUUAUCUGAAGGUCUGGAUUUGCCUCUGGAGGCCCUUCGAUCUACCUAGAUUAGUCAGGAAGUCCCAAUUUAUCCAGGAAGAUCGAGGGGCGUCUGCUCACAGGGUAUCAUUUAAAGUAAUGCAGUUGUUAAUCUGGAAAUUUAGGAUCCUGGAGCUACAUGUACGACUAAUAUUUGGUUUAUUCUUUUAAGGUGAAAAGCACAGUUCUAACAGCAGUUUGUGCUGUAGUACAGAUUCUAGCUCUUAUAUGGUGAGUUUAAAUUCUUUAAGUCUUUAAAUUACUUGUUUACCCAUAUCUAAUACUAACUUCAGUUGUAACACUGAGAAAUUUUGUAACUGAUGGGUAAAAACCCCAAUAUUAAGCAGAUUAAUGUCUCCAUUUUAUAUGAACAUUCAGGGGUACUUCAAGUUUAGUUUAAAGAACAUUCACCUUUAAGAUGAUGGGAUGUCGUGGUUGAUGGGUUGUUCACAGUGCCCUCAUUUGUCACUGUAUACCUUGUUUUUACUAGGUACUUUGUCAGCUAUAUUCCUGGUGGUUCUACAGGCAUGAAGUUUUUCACCAAGCUGUUCUCAUCUGCCGUGACCAAGACCGUUUCCAGCACUCUCCCUGUGUAA